AAGAGCACAGUGCCCAAGAGCCGCACUCCUAUCCUAUUUUAGUUGCGUAAAAAAAACCUCAAAGCCCAAAACCCACUGCACAGUCACACAGACUUUCCCACAACCCCUGUUUUUCUUCAAUCUUCACAGAAACAAAAAUGGUUCCAAACCCAGCAUCACUCAUCCGCAAAUCCCCACUCUUUUACAGUUUCAUGGGGUUUUCUCGCAGACCCAUUUCGCAUUCCACCCGAAUUCCCGUAAACCCAGUUCGGAUUAGCGGGUUUCGUCCCUGUUCUUCGUGCCACUCUUACUCUCACCCGUUGAAUUCUGGCCAUGGAGCCGAGUUUAAGAAUUUGGGCCGUUCUGAAAUGCGAUUUGGGCAACUGGGUUUUGAUCAUUUUCGAGUUUCUGCGGUUUCGGAUGGUGGGUCGGGUGGAUAUGGAGGUUCUGGUGGGAGAGGUGAAGGUAGUGGUGGUGAUGGUGGUGCUGGCAGCAGUGACGGUGGUGGUGGAAAUAAGUCUUUGCUAUCAUGGUAUUUGGCUCUUCUUGCGAAGUAUCCUGUGACAAUAAAAGCUCUGACAUCAGCACUUUUAACUUUAAUUGGAGAUUUGAUCUGUCAGCUCGUGAUUGAUCAAGUGCCAUCGCUAGACAUGAAAAGGACAUUCCUAUUUACUCUGUUGGGUCUGGUGUUAGUGGGUCCAACAUUGCAUUUCUGGUAUUUGUAUUUGAGUAAAUUGGUACCAUUGCCUGGAGCCUCAGGUGCAUUCUUGCGCCUUCUACUUGAUCAGUUCCUCUUUUCUCCUAUAUUCAUUGGAGUUUUCUUAGCUACAUUGGUGACCCUAGAAGGAAGGCCAUCACAAGUCAUUCCGAAGCUUCAGCAGGAGUGGUUUUCUGCUGUUCUUGCAAAUUGGAAGUUGUGGAUACCCUUCCAAUUUCUCAACUUCCGAUUUGUCCCACAGCAAUUUCAGGUCCUUGCAGCUAAUUUUAUUGCUCUUAUAUGGAAUGUUUUUCUCUCCUUCAUAGCUCACAAAGAGAUUCUUCAAAAAUAGUGAACAUGCAGGUUACUGCAGUGAUCCCAGUUUUAUCGGCUGGAUUACUUCAAGUUUGUUUUACCCUAGCGAGAAGUUUGUUAGCAAAAAGAUUUUGGGACAAGGAAACGGUCGUGAUGCUGUUUUGAUAUUUGUUUUUGUAGUUUAUGGGCUUUUUUUUUUUUUUGGUUGUAGUUGCCAAGUGAGCAUGAGCUUGUAAGUCUGAGAGAGAGAGAGAGAGAGAGAGAGAGAGAGAGAUACCAUAAUGACUAACUGUUAAAGAGUUAGUCAGAUGGGUGGUUUCUCCAGUUUAGGCAAUGAUCUAGUCUUUAUCUAUAUUGAGUACAUACAUUAAUAUUUAAGAAACUUAUAUUAGAAUUAGUUUAGUAUUUCCUAAAA